ACCCUCUCUCCGCCCACAGCAUAUUUAAAUACACUGCUGAUUAGAGUAAUUGGAGCCACAUAGUCCACGUAGCUCUAAAGUCGUAUAUCCCAGAGCAGACAUUAUCUGUUCGCGCACUUUCAAACCGCUCGCGCUGUGCUGACGUGUCCCAGGAGCGACUAUUAUUCUCCUUUAAUUAAAUUAUUGUUAAAUAGUUCUAAAACAUGCUGAUAAAGGCUCUGGUAUUGUGCUGCCUGGUGGUGCUGGCGCAAGGUUACAGUUUCACCUCGAAGGAAGUCAAGUGCCACGUGUGCAAGGCCACGGUGAUAGAGCUGGAAGAAGCCAUUGCCAAGGAGGAUGCCAAUAAGAAGGUCGAUGUGAGUGGCUUCCGUUUGGAUGCCAAGGGCAAUUCGGUGAGCAAGCGUGUACGCUUGAUCAAGUCUGAGAUGUUCCUCACCGAACUUAUGGAAAAGAUCUGUGAAAAAAUGGAUGAUUACCUGAAGGCCACCUACAAGAGCAACGGCAAAUUCACACUGCUGAAGAUGAUAGUCAAUGGCCAGAUGAAUCCUGAAUCAUCGUUGGUCGAUUUCGUGCAAGACGGUGAUCUCAACAAGAGCCUGGGCCACUUUUGCAACGAGGUCCUGGAGGACAAUGACGAAAUCUUCCUGAAGGCAUUCCAAGCCGAGGAACUGGGCAAGGAUUUGGACAUUAAAAUCUGCUCAGAGCAGGCCAAGUACUGUGACGAGGCGCCCGUACAGGAUGAAUACGACUUUGGCGAAAAGGAGGAGCUGUAGAGAUUUAGUUAUCCUAGUCAAUUCCACUAACGAAUUUCCAUGAUCAUCACCUCUGUGUUAUGCUUGCCAAUGGCCUGCGCUGAUCCGUACUGAACUUUCACAUAAAACUAAUAUAUAUAUUGUAUAGACUACGCCAGUGCUAAACAACUAGAUACGACAAUAUAAAUCAAAUUAAUGUGCAAUUCCCUCCAUAAA